AUGUUCCUGAUACUAUUGAUUCUCUCGAUUAUAGCGCGCGUCAGAGACUGGUUCAAGAUCAAGCUUUCGGAGAGCAAGCGUCCCCUUGUUGCUGGCGUGCGCAUGGAACGGAUCCAGAUCCCCUCGCGGGACCCUAACCGUUUCAUCCCCGCCAUCAAGUACACGCCCGAGGGCACACAAGGCAAGCUACCCGUUUACCUGAGCUGGCAGGCUUCUGGAUUUGUGCUCAAGCGACUUGGUCUUGACCGCAACAUGCAUUCGCAGUUUGCCAAGCAGCUGAACACGGUGGUGAUCGAUGCUGCAUACAGGAAGGCGCCCGAGCACAAGUUCCCCGCAGCAUUCGACGAUGCGGAGGACGCAGUUGCGUGGGUGCUUGCCAGCUCUGACAAGUUUGACACGUCUAAGUUCGUUGUCGGCGGUUCGAGCGCCGGCGGUUGCCUUGCGCUCACAAUGUCGGCUCGCUACUCCCCUAAGAUCAAAGGCUGCUUUGCGCUGUACCCGCUCACGGUCAUGCUGAGGCAGCCGCGCGAGGCACCGAAUGGCUACUUUAAAAGCGGCAUCAUUUUGACUCCGCGGAUCAUCAAUUUCCUUCUAAAGACCUUUAUGGCGAGCGAUGCGCAAUUUGACGACAUUCGCUUGAACCCCGUGAAGGAGUCCAUGGCGAAGUUCCCCGAGAACAUCCUUGUUGCUUGCGGUGAUGCGGAUACUUUGUAUAACGACUCGAAGCUGUUCUAUAAGAAGGUACAGGCGGAAGGAUCGCCUGCCCAGCGUACCAACAUUGAGUUCUUGACAGUUCCCAACGAGGCGCACGAAUUCAACAAUUUCCCUGAUACGCCGGAGACAGAUAAUGCACGCGUCCAGUUGUAUUCCGCUGCAAUCCAGAAGAUCAGAGCUGCGCAGAACGCGUAA